UUGAUUUCGUGAUUUUGAGCUAAAUCUGGCAGCAGAUACCUUCCAUGUGUUGUUUACGUAUAUAUUCUAACUUAAAACGUAUGACAUGCAGAUUUAUUUGAACUUGUGUCGCUGUUCCUUGAUAAGUUUGUGGUUGCAGUACGAAAGUAGCCCUAAAAUGUCCGCUUUGGAGCUAAUUUUGUUAGAGCUUUCUCAAGUCCCAUUUUGAAAUCAGUUGGCGGUUUAAGUUAGAACAUGAACUGCUUUAUAUUUUAUUUGAUUUUUCUAUACCAAUAUUAAGUAAUCGAACAAAAGAGAAAAUUCUGGUACUGUACGUCUUUCGCAACAACCAUUUGUUUGAAGGGGCGGCGUCUGGCAGACAAAUAGAGGAGAGCUGUUGCGCACAGAACUUCAAUUUUACGCAUCCGUCGACUGUGUAGGUGCCAACACAGAAGUUAAAAGACCAUGUUGCACUUGUAUUUUAUAUAGAAAACGCAACAUUUGCCUCAAUAAUAUAACUCAGAUUCAAGCUUCAAGGUGAAGCCUCAGCGGAGUGUGACUGUGGAGCAGGUGCCCUUUCCGCCAUGGGAGCGCGUGUAUGGGGUUCAGCGCGCCUCGGUUUUGUAGUUUGUGGAUAUUUAGCAUUUUUCUGUGGUGAAUUUGUCCCACCGACUGAAGCGGGCUGCAGGGAGAGGGACAGCCCAAACUGCUGCACCGGCCGGAAUAACGAAUGUUUUGAGUACACCAGGAGAAAAACGGUGUGCUACUGUGAUACAUACUGUCAGAAAACCAGAGACUGCUGCGAAGACUAUCAGCACGUGUGCCAGAUAUCUGCAGCCAUUGAUUGUGGUGUGGGAUCAUGGGGUCCCUGGUCAUCAUGCACAUCUCUUUGUGGAGUUGGCAGCACAGAGAGGAGUCGCCAAGUUUCUGUUCCCCCCAGAAAUGGAGGCACACCCUGUCCAGACCUCAAACAGCGACGAGGAUGCUUUGGAAAUGAUGCCAUUUGCAACACUGUGAAAGAGGUGGCAAAGAUCCUGCCUGACUCUUUCAAGAGAAACUUCAAGGACCCUUGGAGGCGACCACAUAUGCUGGUGAAGGAGGAAAAGGCCAGUUACUGUGUUUACCUUCGAGUGAAGCAGGCCAGUGCAGCAUGUAAGCUCAAGCUGUGGACGGCUCAGCUGGUGAGGGAGAGACUGGUCUGUGCAGAAUGUCAGAGUGACGCCAUGACAAAGUCAGAUCGUUGUGGAGGAGAUGGCAUGGAGAACACCAGAACAUUCUGGGCUGCAGCUUCAGCUCCAGGAUGUCAUGGUUCCUGGGUACGAGAGUUAUCUUCUGAGCAUUGCCGGUGUCCUCCCUACUCUGUCCUUUUUGUUUGAGUCGACACACAACACUCAGAUGUCUGAAUGCAGGGACAGGAUUCCCUUCAGAGCUUCCUGUGGACUGCAGAGAGCCCAGCCGGCCAACCAGACCCUCCGAUCCAGAGUCCUGGAUGGAUAACUCAAGGAGAUCAGCUAUAUCCUGCCACUUAUUCCUUUUCACCUCAUACUCUGUACUGUAUACCCAAUUGUAAAGCACACAGAAAUCCUUGCAUUUAAAAUAUUUGCCUUAUGUUUCUCCUCAAAAGCACAGGAAUCUGUCUUUUUACCUCUGAAUCUUUGCUAUCUACCUCCAUCAAUUUGUGUCUGCUAAAAGAUAAUGUAAAAUAUAUAAAUAAUUAGCUUCACACAUUUUCUACUUAUAUUUGUUUAUUUGUAAUGUACAUGUGUCUAUAUCGUUACACUAAUUUGUAUCCAACAAGCAGUUGCUGCCCUCAGUUUCAGCCCUGAUCCAAAGAGCUCUGAAUCAUCAGUGGGUUGGAGAUGCUUUAAACUGGUUCAGCCAAGUUGCAUUCUUUGCUAGAAGCCUUGAGUCAAUAUACCUAUGUACUAUAGUUUUUUCAAUCAAUAUUUCUUUUUAAUAAAGACCCUUGCAGCAAGUGCAGAUGAAUAUCAGGUAUUGAUUCUCAGGUGCUUAGAUUUGUAUUUUUGUUGCUCAUCAAAUUUCCUCUUUAUUGUUUGCCCCUUCUGGUGGAAGGUUGUGUAUUUAAUAGUCUAAAGUGACUCAGCUAAAAUCAAUUUCCUCAAUUUAGACCUAGUAUUGUUUGAGAGGAAAAGAAGCCAUAUGAGAGAAUGUCAUGGUGGUUCUCUCUGUCCUCUGUCUAAGACAGAAAAAAGAGCUUCAAGACUGUUUUCUCUCACAGCCUGCCCUGCUCGCCCGAGAGUUUUAUCAGCAAAACAUCCUCCAAUAUAAAUAUCACACUCAGCCAAGUUACUCCCAUAUUUGUAAUUAGCUGAAUCUCCUCCCAAUGCUCCCUACAGCCUGUUCUUUUUCCUCUCUGUUCUUGUUUUCUCAUCUGAUAUGAUGUUUUCAAAGAAACAACAGUUUAGCUUCCUUGAUUUUAAAACAGGGGGCAGUUAACUGGCUCAAUAUUUCUUCUUAUAUGUCUAUCACAACUGGUUUAAGAGGACAGGUGUCAUACUGGAAUAGGGAUUUUCUGUCUGGAAAGCUAUUACUUUUUCUUUCUCUCACAUGUCUGUGUUUGACUUUUUAUUUAUUACAAAUCAAGUGAUAACUUUAUUAGUGCAGCACAGCAUAUUCUGUACACUGUCCAUUAGUGAAAAUAAGUAAUAAAAUAAUAAUAUACAAUAAUAAACAACUUUAUUGCU